CGGCACCUCUACCAAUGAGAUCGCGGGGCGCGGCGGGCCGGUGAUGUAGCGACGCAUCGCACUCGUACGGUUGUGAUCGGCAAACUUCAAGACGAUCGAAUCGCGCUGUCGCGUCCCUCGGCACGCUUAACCGCGUACUCUAGAAGCAAGUCUCGCCGCUGUUCUCCUUUCGCCGACGCUCCGGUCCUGCUGACCAUGCUAAGUGUCUACAGAAAGUCGCGCGGAUCACGUCGCGGGACGUACGCACGCACUUAGUUAAGAACCAAAGCGAUUGGAGUCCGCGGCUCAUAAAGCCCGAGCGCGAGUGCAACCUCCGUGAAAGGCGAUCCACCGCGCGCGCGGUGGCGGCGACGGCUCGUCGUCGCGAUACGUGUGCUUUAUUGAUAUUGCGAGUGUCACGGGCCUUGCGGCGUCUAUGCAUAUCUCCAGAAUUUGGACCGUGUUUUAGAAUACAUUAAAGAUAAAGGUUCUUGGUUUUAUUGGGUUGGUACACUAAGUAGCCACCAUGUCUGAAAUAAUAUAUCCGCAAGGAUGCAGAUCGGUCACUGAAGAUUUAGGUCCAGAUGAGCUAAUCAGGAGACUCAAGACCUUGGCGCAUACGCUGCAAGCUAUGGGACAAGAUGAGGGAAUGUAUCAACAAUACAUACCACUGGCAUUGCAUUUGGCAGAGGAACAUUUUCUGAUGCAUCAGAGCAAGGAUGUACAACUUCUAAUUGCUUGCUGCAUUGCAGAUGUCUUAAGAGUUUAUGCACCAGAAGCUCCUUACAAAGAUGCCGAUCAGGUGAAAACGAUAUUCCUGUUCCUUAUCAAACAACUGGCAGGCUUAAAAGAUCCUAAAGACCCCGCUUUCAAGAGGUACUUCUAUCUACUUGAAAAUUUAGCUUAUGUUAAAUCGUUUAACAUGUGCUUUGAGCUAGAAGAUUGCCAAGAGAUAUUUUGUGCAUUAUUUUCUCUCAUGUUCAAAAUUGUCAAUGACGAGCAUUCUGGCAAAGUUAAGAGCUUCAUGUUGGAUGUUUUGUGCCCACUUAUUACCGAAUCAGACAUUGUCAGUAAUGAGCUUUUGGAUAUCAUACUUAUGAAUAUUGUAGAACCCAACAAAACACAGAAGAAGAAUGCAUAUACGCUUGCUAAAGACCUGGUAAUCAAAUGUAGUGACACAUUAGAACCAUACAUUCAGGCGUUUUUCAAUCAUGUCUUGAUAUUGGGCAAGGAGGAGAAGAGCUUGCAAAUCUGCAAGAAGGUAUACGAUCUGAUUUAUGAGCUGAAUCACAUAUGCCCAAGUGUCUUGCUGUCCGUCCUUCCGCAACUAGAAUGUAAAUUGAAAUCCUCUUCUGAAAACGAGAGAUUGGGCGCCGUGGCGUUACUAGCGAGAAUGUUUUCCGAGAAAGGCUCACAAUUAGCCAUACAGCAUACACAAUUAUGGAGGGCGUUUCUGGGACGAUUUAACGAUAUCAGCGUGUCUAUUCGUAUUAAAUGUGUGCAGUAUUCGAUGCACUUCCUGUUAAAUCAUCCUGAAUUAAGAAAAGAUAUCACGGAUACCUUAAAAUUGAGACAACAUGACGCCGAUGAGAGCGUCCGUUACGAGGUUGUUAUGGCUAUAGUGACGACUGCUAGACGAGACUUUGAAGUUGUGUCGGAUAGUGAGGAUCUUCUCGAAUUUGUUAAAGAAAGGACUUUGGACAAAAAGUUUAAAAUACGAAAAGAGGCGAUGUCUGGCUUAGCUAUGAUAUACAAGAAACACUUGAAUGACGCCGAUGUACCACAGGCUACAAAGAAAGCGGUUAUCUGGAUAAAAGAUAAAAUAUUACAUGGUUAUUACAUGGCAGGUAUGGAAGAUAGAUUGCUGGUAGAAAGAUUGCUUAAUACAUGCCUAGUACCUUAUCAACUACAAGCUGAAGAGAGAAUGAAAAAAUUGUACCAUCUUUUGGGUACAAUUGAUGAUCAUGCUUCGAAAGCAUUUGUGGAACUUCAAAAGCAUCAACUUGCGGUGCGAAGGGCAGUAGUUGAAUGGCUUGACAUUGUAAAAAAACCGGACGCUAAAAAUGAGCUAAUGACAAAAAUUCAUCAGAUAUCGCGCUUUCUGCCAGAUCCUAUGAAAGUACAGGAAUUUCUUCAAAAGUUCAGUAGUCACAUGAAAAAGGACACCAAAUUGUUACAGGAAAUGGAAACUAUUGUGCAACCGAAUGUUUCCUGCAAGGAAUGUGCUGAAACAAUAACUAAGGUUCUCAAGAAAUUAGGACAGCCUGUUAUGACCAAUUUAUACUAUAAUACAAUUAAGAUGCUUCUCGAAAGAGUAAGCUCUGUUAUGAUUGACGAAGAAGCAAUUCGGGUCUUGAUCGGGUACGUCUUAGACUGUUUGAAGGGAGGUAACGUGAUAGAAGAAGUCGGUCUUAAUCCGAAUAAUGCUGGAGAGAAAGGAUUGAGACUCUUAGUGAUGCUUUCAUUCGUAUUCGGUCCGCAUUUUCUACAUAACGACAUCUUGAUGCAACUGGUCAAUUUGCUUGAAUUGGAAGAUGAAAUGGUUGCGCCGUUAGUCCUUUCUAUUUUUACGUUUCUGGGAAAAUAUAAACCAUUGUGCGACGUAGCGCCGGACAUUAUGAACCUUAUGGUACCGAUAUGCAAGAAUUUCGCCGAGACAGGAACACCGAAGCAAGCGAAGCAAGCUGUGAGAUGUUUGUUUGUCAACAUGACCAAUAUUCACGACACUAUUUUUCCCGAGAUCAUCGAAAGAAUUAAGAACACAUUGACACCGACGUCGGAAUAUUAUCGAACAUCUAUAGUUACUUUAGGUCACAUAGCGUAUAAUUUGCCAGACAAAUAUCAAGUACAAAUAAAAAAUAUGGUGUCCAGAAAAAUAGUUAAAGAAUUACUUGUGAAGGAGAGCAGUGAGCAAACCUCUGAGGCUAUCGAGGGAGAUUGGUGUAGAGAGGAUGAAUUACCAGAAGAGACACGAUGCAGAUUGGAGGGCUUGAAGUGCAUGGCGCGCUGGUUAUUAGGACUGAAAACUGACGUACUGUCGGCGCAAAAGACAUUCAGAAUGCUAAAUGCUUUCAUGGUCAACAAGGGAGACUUAUUGUCACAGGGACGUCUAAGCAAAGCUGAAAUGAGCUGGUUACGAUUGCAAGCCGGUUGUUCGAUGUUGAAAAUAUGCGAACAGAAAGGCGUUGGCGAUCAAUUCACUGCAGAACAAUUUUACAAUCUUUCACAACUUAUGGUGGAUGAAAUCCCUCAAGUUAGAGAGGCUUUUGGUGCCAAAUUGCACAAAGGUCUAGGAAGAGGAAUUCCAAACAAAUGUCUACCACUUGAUUUCAUGGGCUAUUACGCUCUAGCUGGUAAAGAACAGGACAAGAGAUUAAAGUGUGUAUUGAAGACAUAUAUGCAGACAGACAUAAAUAAAAGAAGAGAUUACGUCAAGACUCUUUCAUUGGGUACUGUUGAACGGGCCAUGGAUCAACUGCCCCAUAUUUUGCCGGAUUACAUGCUAGUUUUUGCCGUACCUAUUCUCGCUCAUGAUCCGGAAUUUACGAGUCAUGUAACGGUGAGCCAAUUGAAAGUCAUUCAACAAUGUCUUUGGUUCAUCUUGGAGCCUCUCAUCACGAAAAACGAAUAUUAUUGUUAUGGAUUUUACAAAAAUCUUGUCGAACGUAUGAAGAGUCAUAAGGAUGCAUUGAAACCUGAUGACAACGAAAUGAAUUAUAAAUUAUGGGCAGUUUGUGACUUGGCAAUGAAUGUAAUAUACACUAAGACUACCAAUUUUGACAUGAAAGAAUUCCCGAGCGAGACGCGAAUUCCUACGAUGUAUUUUAAACGAUCGGACGAAAACUUACACAAUCAGAAGAAUUACUUACCUGCGGAAUUACAAGUGAACAUGACAAAUCCAAAAGGAAAGGGAUCAUUCCACAAUACACACACCGUCAAUGAGAGACCACAACGCAAGACUAAAUCCAAACAACAGAAGGAAGUAGGCAUUGGACCUAAUGAGACAGAUGCAAGGCUGCAAGUUGGAGAAAUGGAAUGCAUCGAUGCACAGCCUGCGGAAGCUUCGGAGACCAGGAUUCAACUUCCUGGUUUAGAAGAAGAGAUCGAGGAACCACCAGCAAAGAGGGCAUUAAGGGAAUCGGAUAAAGUAAAUAAAUAAUUCAGUGAUCGGACUAUAUACCCGAGGGAACAUUGGGACGGGGACAGACUUAAAGAACAUGAUGAUAAGAAAAUUAAAGAAUCUAAAAAAAAAAUACUUUACAAAUUAGAAAACAGAAUAUUUUGGUUAUGUAUAACAAUUAAUAAACCUAAGUCGUUCGUGUAUUUCUAGAGUGUAAGAGAUAUUAAGAUUAUGACAGUAACAUCAGGCUUACAAUGCAAAGAGUUGUCUGGACUUGCAAUCUGUGUGAGAAAAAAAAGAUAGAACGAAAAUAUUCAUUGAUUUUUCGCAGAUAUAUAUAUAUGGCUCCAUAAAUGUUUAUUUUAUUGACAAAAUUAUUAUAUAUAACAUAUUUCUCUCGUUACUUUUACUGAAUGAUAGAACAUACUAAGUAAUUUAUAAUAUAUGACAAAAAAAUUUCCUUCAAAUGGCCCGUAUAUAGCCAGAACGAAAAUUUUUUGUAAACUUUAUACUUGUAACGAAAUUUUCCUCGAUCGAAAUGUUUAUGGGACAUGUGAUCAUUAUUCAUCUUGGCACUAUGACAUAAAUAUUUUUUUUUCUCUAUUUCGCGAACGUCUAAUAAAAUGAUAUUAUUUUAUCAUAUUAUUUUAUUGAAAAAUAGUAUCAGUUUAAACAAACAAGCAUAUAUAAAACAAUAUUGUCAACUUUAUUAAUAAAUGAAUAAAGUAAAAACUUUCUAAAGAGAAUAUACCCAGAUAUAUCACAUAUACACAUACACACACAAAUAUAUAUAUAUAUAUACACAUACAUACACAAUUAAAUUGUCAUAAACAGCAAAGGAAAAUACUAUAGUUUUGUUGCAUAAACGAUACAUAUUAGAUAAGAUAUUGUGUGUCUAUUGGCUUUGUGAUCCAAAGUUGUUGGUUUUUAACAAUAUAAUUAUCGCCACACUUUAGUCGCGAUUAUUAUGAUUGAUACACAUUAAACAUGAUUUAUGUGUAACAAUGAAAAAAAAAAAAGAAUAUUGCGAGAACUUGCGAAAACCUUCAACUUUUGUAUUUAUAAAUAAACAUAAAAUUAAAAUUAUACCGAUUGCAAAAGAUUAUUGCGUUAUACCUUAAUUUAUGUAUAUGCAAGUUUUGCAACAUACAUGUGUGUGAAGAGAAGAUAAAUGCGUCUCAAUUUUAUUUAUUAAAUAUUACAAAUAUUGAAAGAUGGAAGAUUUUUGGGUAUGAAUUUUUGAAUGAAGUUUUGAGUAAGGGCCUAGGUUUUAAAGAUUUAAGUUCUCAACAUUAUAAUUAUUAAACUAAAACAUUCAACUAUCUUACAUUUAAACAUGAAUGAAAAUUGUGCAUGAAAUUAGUGAAUGAUGAUGGAUGAUUGGAUUCGGAUAAAUAUUAUAGAAUUAACAUGUACCUAUUACCUUUUCAUAGAAAUUACAGUACAAUGCCUUUUCCAAUAUUGUAUAAUUUUCCAAAUCUGAAAAAAUUUUUUUUCUCGUUAUUGAUAUUUUUUUUCAUAUUUCAUAUCAGAUUUUUGAUUAGAUACAUGCUUUAUAUUAUAUAUCACCAAGUAUCUAUAGAUUCUAUAUCAAUUGGCAUUGAUACGAUAAUAAUAUUUUUGUAAGUAUAUUGAUCAUUUUUCUGCAUAGUACUGCAAUUUUUUCAAAUAGGUUAUAGAUUAUGAAAAAUAUUACAUAAUCUGAUUAAACAACCAAUUAAUCAGUGCUAUUCAUCUGUCGAUCUGUGAGAUAUGACGUAUUGUAAUGGUUCUAUAAUAAAACAAAUUAAGUAA